AUGUGCAGUGCGGUGCAAACAUGGCUGUCCCCAAAUGCAACAUCCUGGCACAAUCUAAAGAUUAAGAUUAAGAUUCUGUUUCAUCACCAGCCGAAACGGAAGACUUCCCGUCCCACGCUGUACGCAUACCGCCGAGUAGCCGUCAUUCGCGUCAGCUUGCAAGUGCUGAAAGUUCGAGAGCCAUCUGGUGCUACCGGUGUAGAGUCAUCAUCAUCAUCACCAUCAUCGCCAUCCAUCCAUAUCCCCCAUUUCCCAACACAGGCAUCGCCGUGA